GUCCUGUAAAUUAGUGCUUCGUGCAAGCGAAAAAGACGAUCUGUCGUCUUGCAUGUAGAGAGUAGGGGGAAGGGUGGUGAGGAGGAGGAGGAGAAGAAGGAGAGAGAGAGAGAGAGAGAGAUAGAUAGAAAGUGAAACUCGCGAGGGAUACGCGUCUCGCGCGAGGUUUUAUCGUACGCGAGUGCGUUCGAUUACGCGAAAUAAAGGAAGCGAGAAAAAAAAUCUAAAAGUUGUAUCGACCAAAGGGCCGGUGAUGAAAGAGACGGCGGAUAAAAGUAGGGAUGAAAUGACUCGUCAAAAUGUGGGUUGAGAAAGUGAAAAAGGAAGGCUGAGAGAACGAAAAGACCGGUCGAUUGGUCGUUGUCGCGCGCGCGACAAGAAACAAAAGAGAGGAAGAAAGAGCUUUGUGACUCCGAAGCGGACGGCUGCCAAAGCCGUUGCCAAAGCCGUAUCCUCGCUCGCAGCGAAGAAUGGGUGAGUGCGCGAUGCACAAGGAGGAAUGUCGCGUAACGUCGGUCCUGGACUUUACGAAUUUCUUAUGGAGGCAGAAUUGCAACAGUAUUAUCCAGGUAUUCGGGGGGACCUAAAAGUUCAAACAACAGCGCAAUUAAAGUAUGUGACCGAAGAAGAUUUAAAUGCUAUAGGAAUGAGCAAGCCUGAAAUGAGACGCUUAAAGAAAUAUUUUCAAAAGCACUUUCCUCAAAAUUAUCUGUCAAAGUUUAAGAAGAUGUUAUUACCAAAGCGCGAGGAACAAACACCCAGUGCUCUUGGUAUGUUACCGGAGGAAAGACAAGAUAGGCCUCCUGUACGGGUUCCUAACAAGCACAUGAUCCCUGCCGAUGCGAUAAUAGUGAACAAGGAAUUAGGAACUGGGGAAUUUGGAGUUGUACAACAAGGUGUGUGGACCAACGACGGCGAAAGGAUACAAGUAGCGAUAAAGUGUUUGUCGCGAGAGAGAAUGCAGAAUAAUCCUAUAGAAUUUUUAAAAGAAGCUGCUAUUAUGCACUCCAUCGAUCACGAACACAUAGUAAGACUAUACGGAGUCGUUUUGGAUACAAAUUCGUUGAUGCUCGUAACAGAAUUAGCACCAUUGCGUUCUCUGUUAGAGUGUUUAAAGGAGCCAAGCUUAAGGGCCAGUUUUCCCGUUCUGUCGCUAUGCGAUUUUGCUGUUCAAAUAGCCGAUGGAAUGCAAUACUUGGAAGCGAAAAGAUUAAUACAUAGAGAUUUAGCUGCGAGGAAUAUUCUUGUCUUUUCUAAAAACAAAGUUAAGAUAUCAGAUUUUGGAUUGUCCCGGGCGCUUGGCGUUGGUAAAGAUUAUUAUCAAACAAAUUUCAAUGUAAAUUUAAAAUUACCGAUCGCAUGGUGCGCUCCUGAAUGCAUAUCUUAUUUGAAGUUUACAUCUGCCAGCGAUGUAUGGGCUUACGGCGUAACCCUUUGGGAAAUGUUCAGUUAUGGAUUUCAGCCGUGGGCAGCGCUGACGGGCCAUCAAAUUUUAGAAGCCAUCGACGAACCAAACUUUCAAAGGCUUGAACAACCAGAAUGCUGCCCGAAAGAUUAUUUCUCAUUGAUGCAACAAUGCUGGCAGCACGAGCCGUCUAAAAGGCCGAAAUUUUCCGAAUUAAUUAAUUUAUUGCCGGACUUAAAGCCAGAACAAGUACAAGCAGUACAGGACAGUACAGAAGCGGGACAAUUGGUCUACAGACAAGGUGAUAUAAUAACGGUAUUGGACAAAGGUAGUAGCAAUACCAUGUGGAAGGGCGUCCUAAAUAACGGGAAAACAGGAAUCUUUAAUCCUGCUCACACGAUAGCAUAUCUUGGAUCGAAUUUACCGAGCAACAAGCCAGGAGAAUUUACGAGAGGCGACGGGAAAAACGCAUUUUCCUCUCAACGGAGGAAAAUUCGUACGGAUAUGAUAUCCUCCCCUCAAGGCGAUUUGAAACACACCGGUCACGUUGGCCUGGAUGGAGCAUAUUUUGGUGAUAUCAGUUUUCUCGGUGGCAAGUACCCACAUUUACCGCGUCAAGUGGUAACCCCCUAUAAGCCGCAGGAAGAUGUAACGGAUAAUUCUAGUCAAAUUUUAAAUCAGGAUGUAAGAAGUUUAGAGAUAGACAGAGAAACUUUGAGGGAUAGCAGGGCUUUGCAACAAGAGCAGCAAAGUAAACAUGACAGUUUAUGGUCCGACGUUAAUUCCGAGAUGUGCCAAUUGGGAAGCAUUUCUAAUGCGGGCAAGCAAGCUGCUGUAGUAUCGUCAAAUCCGAUCGGUAAUAUCGAGAGUCUCGGUGCCGAUCACGAAUAUCAUGAGAUCAGUGACGAGGAGAAUCAAGACAGCCCAUUGAGAUUUGACAAAACGUUAAACUUUGACUUUGGCCCGAGUCUUUUGGCUGAGAUGGAUCAAAUGUUUAGGUCUCUUGGUUCUUCCGCUCCUCCGCCACCACCUGGACACCCAUUGACUACCGCCGAACAUGAAUCGAGCAAUGCAAGAAACGAACUUCGGGAAAUACAGGCGAAACAAUGCAGCAAGAAGAAACAAGCGACCGUGAGUCCCAUAAAUGUGAAGCCUAUCUCUGCAGCCGAUCAGAAAACACUCUACUCGGCCAUUGCUAUGGCACAGGAAUUGACAGCACGUUCCAUGACAGAUCUUGAACAUCCACCGGAGUCUCCUCGAACACCCGCCAGUCCUUCAAGGCGCAGAAAAUUCUCUUUUAAGUUGCCACAUCAACACAGUCCCAAACCAGACAGACGACACUUUUCAGAAGAAGCAGCCAGAAUACCUGACAUGCAGUGGCUAUGUUCGAGUCUACAAUCGCUAUCUUCCACGGUAUCUAGUAUAGAAUCUCUUGGCGCGCCAUCGACCUUAAAAUUGCCUUUGUGGGAUAAAGCUUCAGCGGAGUUUUGCUUUGCAAAGUCCCGCGAACUUCUAACGAAACCAAGUGCCUGGACCUCUUAUAUGGAUAUAGAAUUCGACGCGCAUAUAUUGGACAAUGCAGCGACCAAGCAGAAUCUCGUAAAGUCGAGCGAAUUCCUCGAACAUGGAAACAGGAAGAGUGGGUACAAUUGCGAAAAUGCGAUCGACAUAAAUCCAAAUCAUAAUCUUAAGCAACACAACGGAACGGUGUCCUUCAAAAUGGAUAAUCCUAAUCUUGAUUAUCCAAGGGAAUCCAAACGUAUAUCGACCAGUUACGUCGAUCGCUAUUUCGAGCAACCGAAAUAUUUUGACGAGGACAGCAGCGGUUUGAGCUGUUCCGUCGAUAAAGCUUUGCGUUUUACCGAGGAGAAAUCUGAAAAAUUUGAUAAAAUGAAUAACUUGGAGCACUCCGUUAGAUCCUCGUAUGUGAGCAAUAUCCAAGAGCAAAGCUCCUUGAUUGGCAGUAGUAGGACCGGUCAACACCUCUAUCAAAACAAAAUUGAUAAUUGCGAGCAAACGUUGCAAGAUAAAAAAACGAGCUCGACGAAUUUCGAGAUGGCCCGCGAAGAAACGCCAAAUUACGAUUUGUUGAAGGAGAAAACGGCGAAUCUCGAUACCACCUCUCGCAGCAAAUCAAUUAAAUACGAGUCCCAGAGAGAGAAGAUAAGUAAUGUCGAUGUCGGAACAAGACCGAAAUUGUCGAGCUCCUUCAGUGAUUCCUCCAAAAUAAAUAUAACGGAAUUUACGAAGAAGAUCGACAUAGCGAAAGCAAGAGCGUCGAAGGUCGCUUUUGUACCUAGAUCGAAUCAUCCCGGUCAAGAAACUAAGAGCAUCGUCUAUGGUUCGUCCGAUAGCAUAAAAACGAAUUUACAAACUGGUACGUCCGAUAAUAGUACGACGAGAGGUAACGUUGAAGCGGUAAGAAUAAAUAUUCAAAGCUUUCGUAAGAUCGAACAGAAUCAAAAUGGUUUCGAUGCCUUCCCUUUCGUAAUAUCGAACAAUCCCUUGUUCAUUGCCGAAUCGGAUAAAAAGGAAUCACCGAUAUACAGCAGUUCGGAAAGCUUGCGAGUGAAUUUUCAACGUCUUAGGCGAAAGUCCGACGCCGAAGCCAACAGUCAAGUCGAAUUAAGUAGCAAGAUAUUGGCGGAAAAGUAUCAACGGGAGGUGUCCGGCUUAGAGAGCGUUAAAAGUUAUUUGGACUCGAAGAAGGGCCAAGGUUUGGGCCUAGGACUGGGUAAACUGACGCAAAAUAUGAUGCAGCUCGGAAAGAAUUCUAUGUCGAAUAAAGCGAUUUUACCGAAUAUAAGAAAGUUAGACUUGCCGAGUCAGUCUCAAGUAAAUUUUCGUAAUUUGAACGUUCCGCUUCAGAAACCGAAGCAUCUGGACUUGAACAUACCCUUGCAGAGCCAACAACAACAACAACAACAAUCGAGCUCCGUUAAGUUGAAUAUAACGCAAAAAGCGAAUCCGCCUACAAGCCCUAGCAUACACCAGCAUAUAUUGGAACCACCGAAAUUAUAUCAAAACGAGACAACAAGAAAGAAGGAGUUGCCGAAGUCCGAACAGUUGCUUCUAGAUAAACAACCGAUUAGCAAUACGACGAACGUAUAUCGGCACAGAACGUCGUCUCUGUCGGAGAAUCGAAAGCCACCGUUAAAGAACGUACGCAGGUCGUUCCAUCCGAGGAACGAUUCCAGCGAGGACUCGGACUCGGUUUCUCAUUCGGAGACGGACAUAAGAAGUCGAUUGCGUUACAAACGCCGUAGCAAAAAGGUCCCUCACAGUUUGAGGCUGAACUUUAAGAACAAGGGCCAAUUUCUCCAUCCAGAUUCGGCUAGAGGAUUUUCCUCGGUGGAACUCUGUGGAAAGUCACCGCCACCCUCUACGAGCUUCCUAAAUUCCCUCUCUCCGCCCUUCUCUUCUAGAAACAACUUACUCUCCUGGCCUGAAAGCGCCCCGAGCUCUAGCUUGACCUUCACGAGUAACUCCGAUCUGGACUCGGACACGAGUUCGGAGUAUCCGGAAUUUACCAACGACAUAUUGACCUUUCCUCCCUCUCCGGCUCCUUAAA